CGGGCGGUUCCCUGAGGCGGAGCGGGAGGGGAGGGCCCGGAGCCCCCUCAGCUGAGCGCGGGCCCCGCGGACCGGGGGAUGCGCCGGGAUCUGCGGACAGAAUUAGCUAUCAUAAUAUCCUCGUUAUGCAGAUCAUCCCACCAAGGUUGUUGCUGACAGCGAAGGGCUCCCUCUCAAAGCUGUUUAAAUGAGAAUGUCCCUGGCGCAGAGAGUGCUGCUGACAUGGCUUUUCACGUUACUCUUCCUCAUCAUGCUGGUGCUGAAGCUGGAUGAGAAAGCACCAUGGAACUGGUUCCUCAUCUUUAUCCCGGUGUGGAUCUUUGACACGAUCCUGCUGGUGAUGUUAAUUGUGAAAAUGGCCGGGCGGUGCAAGUCGGGCUUCGACCCUCGCAACGGCUCGCAGCACAUGAAGAAGAAGGUGUGGUACCUGACAGCCAUGCUGCUGAAGCUGGCCUUCUGCCUGGCGCUGUGCGCCAAGCUGCAGCGCUUCACCUCCGUCAGGCUGGCCUACGUCUUCAUCCCGCUCUGGGCCCUGCUCAUCGGGGGCAUGCUGGAACUGGGCUACAACAUCUUCUAUGUGCGAAGAGACUGAGCUGGGCCAGCUGCUUUCCAGUGCCAAAUUGGCACCAAAUCACUAGGUUAUUGCCAUUCUGCCACAAAUUUGAUCUUUAAACUAGAAAGGCAAAUGAGUCGAGCUGGUGAUUUAAGCUAAAGCAAGCUGAAGACUGAAAUAGACUUGUUUCAUUUUUUUAUUUUAAAACUCACAUAUGCUCUUGUAAAUAAAAGUAUUUGUUCAGCAUAA